CAUGUUGGGAACAUUAGAAGGGAACCAACACCACAACCAGAAAGACGGGAACAUCUAGGUUCGGCAGCGGCGUGUCUUAACACCUUAACACCACCACCAUGGCUGACCCGGAAAAACAGCCCGAACAACCAAAGGCUGGCCAGCAGAAGCUGAUCAUCGCUAACAAAGUGACCGGGACUGUAAAGUGGUUCAACGUGAAGAGUGGGUACGGAUUCAUCAACAGGAACGACACCAAGGAGGAUGUAUUUGUUCAUCAAUCAGCCAUCGUGAAGAACAACCCAAGGAAGGCUGUGCGCAGUGUCGGCGACGGUGAAGUGGUCGAAUUUGACGUGGUAAUAGGCGAGAAGGGUCAUGAAGCGGCCAACGUUACUGGUCCAUCCGGGGAAGCAGUAAAAGGUUCGCCUUAUGCUGCCGAUAGGCGACGUGGGUAUCGCGGAGGUCAUUGGUACAUCAGUCAAAGACGUGGAAGCACUCGACCUCAACGUAGACCUCGAGAAGGUCAAGACGGUUACGAAACCGGUGAGGGUAAGACCGGGGACGAAGCGAAUGUCGGUGAGGGAGGCGGUCAGCAACGACGUUACAGGGUUCGACGACAAUACGAUGGCUACUAUCGCGGAUCGCGCCGUUCUGGUCCAUCGGCGCAACAACAAGGAGAUAACACCGGCGACGGUGGCGAACAAGGUGGCGAGACUGGCGGGGACGGAGGCGUGCCACGUGGUGGCGGUCGUGGACGCGGAGGACCUUCUCGUCGUUACUUCCGUCGUAAUUUCCGCGGGGGAAGAGGUGGCGGACCUCCGCGUCGUCCUCGUAGCCAGGACGGCCAAGUAAAAUCGGAGCAGAAGUCGGAUGCACCUAAAGAUAAGGAUGCACCUGUCGCUGUCCCUGCUCCACAGGAAAGUCAGCCGGUUCAGAACACCACCACCGAAAGCACCGCUUAACCAAGAGUAAUGGUACCACUACAACAAAAACACUCCUUUUAAUAUAUAACACCAACACCCGUUAUACACCGAAGCAACAGCAACGACAACAGCAACCGCAGCAGCAACACUAUAACAUAACAAAUGAAAAAAGUUAAAAAAAAAAAGCGAAACAAAAAAAGCAAGAAAUGGAAGGAAAUUGCGGAACAUCGCUCCACACUCUCCCCGGCAGAAGAAGAAGAUUAAGAAGCGUGUCCGAUAUGCUGCCGGAAUUAGUUGAUAGAAUACGCUGGAAAGCCUCGUCGCGAAGAAGAAACACGAUCCACGACAUGUAUCGACUACGAGCGAACAAACUCUCGAGUUGGACUUACCGCCGUACGACCACCGUUUUUCGUUAUAUUUCUGUGAAAAUUUAUAGAUUUUCGAUUGUGUAAAUCUGUCACUCGUCGAAAUUCAAAAGAUUUUAAGAAAAAGCGAUCGGAAGAGACGUAGCCGGUGAAUGACGGUUUUAUUCCGCGAACUGGGACGAAACGGCGGUAAGUCGUGUAUUUUGGAGUAUUUCGUCCGACGACGGCGGUGAAAAAUGGUAAAGAAAAUGCGCGAUUGUAACGCAACGAAUUUCGUUCUGCGUCAAGUUAUGAAAGUUAGGUAAUCUCGAUCGUGGAAGAAACAACGAAGAGAGAGAAGAGAAGAAACACGGUGAUGGGCUACACAAUACGAAUUCGAAUAGGCGAAAGUGGUAUUUUUGUUCUUGUUUUUGCGUAUUUAUUGUUUCAUACGUUUUAAUUUUUCUUCAACGAAACGCAUUCGAUCGUUUUACGCAUAUAUAUAUGUCUUUGAGUUUAACGCGAUGCUCGCAGAGUUUUUCUCUUGUCCGUGUACAUGUAAUCGGUAAAUGCGCGCGCGCGCCCCUGAAAUCAUAGGAAUACGUUACUACGCGCGCUUACCUGUCAUUGUGCCAGCCAGCUUAAUCGUUUCAGUUUCUCUCGAAAUUACUCCGUUCUUUUUUUUCCCCCCCUCCCCCUUCAUUGAAACGCAAUAUGUUCGAUUCGUUUCGAAAACCAGUCGUCCGUCGUGUCGCUUUUGUCUCUUCGGUCCUCGUUGGUUCGUGGCUUAUAUGCUUUGCAAAAUCGCAACGAGAAGAUUCGUUCGAUGAUCAGCGACUAAAUGCAAUUAUAAAUCUCAUAGAAUUUUCUGUCUGAUCGCGUAAUUUAGUGACGCGAAACAAAUUGGCGCGGUACCUUUCACGAUCGCUCGUAUCAAAUGACGCGAUCGAUGCCCCAGGAGGGCACGAAACGUAUUAUCCGACGAUAAGCAACGAGAUGUCACGCGUAAAGCGUUAACCGAGAAUCCGAUCAAUUUUUGCCGUAAUUUUCGGUGUAACGAGCCGAUAACGUUCGAUCAUGGUGGAAGAACAUUGCCGUCGUUGCUCGAACGUAUCGAUCCUCGAAGAUAUCGGAAAUUUCCUCUCGAUUGACAAUGCAAACCUGCGGUUUGUCAGUGAGUAAAUGAGCGAGCGAGCAAGCGAGUGAAUGCGCGAACAAGUGAGAUAGUGAGAGAGAGAGAUAGAUAGAUAGAUAGAUAGAUAGAUAGAUAGAUAGAAAACGAGAGAGAGAGAGAGAGAGAGAGAGAGAGAGCGAAAUAGAGAGAGAGAGAUAUAUAUAUACAUAGAGAGAAAGAGUGAGAGAGAGAGAGAGAGAGAGAGAGAAUAAGAGAGGACGAAAGAUUUAUACACUUUUGCAUGAAAACGGAACAAUUUUUUAAAUUUUAGUUUGUAGUUCUAUCGUCGGAAAAUAAAAUGUACAAUUUUCUUUCCAAACGCUUCGAAGUUGAGCGCGCAAAUUCGUUGCGUCAGAUUUUAUUUCAUUUCAAGGGAACAAGAUAUCUUUUUAGUUUUUUUUGUCUCUGUCUCAAUCUGUGUCUGUGUCGUCAUCAUAAUCUUUAUGGUCGCUAUCGUCCUAUCGUAAGGCUAUUUUGCGAUCUUCGGUAAAAAGGCUUUAGUGCGUUAGUCACCUCGAGUGCUUUUUGCAAUAGAGCCUUGAACGGUGAAACACGAUCGGGAGAAAAGAGCGACGAGGUGAAGACAGAGUGGAGAGUGUGUGUGCGUGCAUGCGUACAAAUAUAGCGUAAAAUGAGGAAUAACAACUGCUGAUCCUCGUGUUCCUCCGCGGUCGAUUGAAAUGAAAGCGGGAACAGGGAAGAUAGCAGUGCGUCGGUUCGUCGUCGAUUCGUCGUCGAUUCGUCGUCGAAUGCGCGCUGCUUGACGUUUCGCGUUUUUUUGUACGCGAUCCAUACAGAAGGAUGUGUUGCCGCGGGACGCGAGCUAGCGACGAGGAAGAGGAGACGAAGAGCGUGAAAGAAAAUAAGGUAAACGACUCCUAGACGCAGAACGUUGUAAUUGUAUGCGGAAAAAAGAACGAUGCAUGUGUUGGAAGUGAAUAUCGGAAUUAAAAAAGAAAUAGAAGCAAAGAGAAAAAAGAGGAGUCGUGCGCGGACCAGUAUGCUAGCAGGCAACGUAACGUCGAACUUGGACCGCGUUCGAAGUGAACGGCGAGCACGGAACGCGCACGGUCGCGAACGGUGAUCCCUGUGAUACGAAUUGUAACGUCGGCGCGUUCGCGUUUCGAAGGCCUGUGGAAAUGCGUCGAGUAGAAAUCGUACUCUGCGCUCUCGAUACUCUCGUAUCGUUCCCCCUAGCGCGGCGCGUGUCUGAAAUCGCGCUCGUUUCUCGACGAGGAACGAGAACGAGAAGAUCGCGCGUCACGAUUCGCGUACCACUCGCUGCGACAGUCAAUUAGUUUUAAUUCAGCUUUUCGCGAGGAGCGAUCUCAAUGAUGAGAGAGUCGUCCCGGAUCGUGCGGGACGGAACGGAUGAUGAAAAAAGAGAGGAGCGUAAGAAAGGGGAGAAUCGAGGGAACGCUCCCGUGUCUCGAAGAAGAAAGGGUAGUCAUCUAAUUACACGUAAAGGAGGAGACGUAAAUCUUGCCGGUCGCGACACGGAUGCGCCGCGUUUGCCGCGCGCGUCCAACGUGUCGCCGCUCGAUCGAAACCACCCCGGCGAUCCAUCCUGCUCUCCUCGUCCUUGCCCCCUUACCUUCGUCUUUACCUUCCCCAUUAUCCCUGUCUUCGCUUUCACCUAUACCCUUGUCCUUAUCCUUACACCUAUCCUUACCCUUACCCUUACCCUUACCCUUUCCUUAUCCGGUUUCCGAUCCGCAUCUUUCAUAUUCUCAUUUCCUCGAACCCCCAGUGAAUUUUGUACCGAAAUGCGAAACUUUGAAAAGCUACUUUCAUAUACGGAAUUUAAUUUUUUCACGAAACAUGUGCAUUAUAAAAAAUAAAUGCCAAAAAAAUCGCAAAACUCACGAA